AUGGCUACAUCAGAUAGUGGACCGUUGUUUAUAAAAGCGGCGAAUUGUUUUGGGGAGUACAAAGAUAAGUUUUAUAUUUCAAAUCUGAUGAAAGAAGUUAUAAAUGAGAUUAGGCAUGAAAAUGUUGUGCAAGUCAUUACCGACAAUGCAUCAGCUUGUAAGGCGGCUGGAGAGCUUAUCAUGAGUGAGUUUCCUCGCAUAUACUGGACACCGUGUGUUGUUCAUACACUGAACCUUGCGUUAAAGAAUAUUUGUUCACCAAGAAAUGCGGACAACAAUGAAAUGGCAUAUGAUGAGUGCCACUGGAUAAACGAUAUUCACUUAGAAGCUGUUGGGAUAAAAAAUUUCAUUAUGAACCAUGGCAUGAGACUCUUUAUUUUCGGAAAGUUUACUCCUCUUAGACUGCUCUCGAUUGCUGAUAGAGAAGAUGACACGGUCAAAGCAAGCAUUGUUAAGGAGAAGAUUUUGGAUGAUGACUGGUGGCAUAAGGUGUCAUAUAUUCUUAGUUUUACAGGACCUAUAUAUGAUAUGAUAAGAUUUUGUGACACAGACAAACCAUAUUUGCACUUGGUUUAUGAAAUGUGGGAUUCAAUGAUCGAGAAAGUGAAGGCCGAGAUUUACAAGAAAGAAAGACGUCCAUUAUCUGCUCGUAGUAUCUUUUAUGAUGUUGUCCAUCAAAUUUUAGUGGCUCGAUGGGCGAAGAACAACACUCCUCUUCAUUGUUUAGCUCACUCCUUAAAUCCAAGAUAUUAUAGUGAUUCUUGGUUGCUUGGGGAUUUUGCAAGAGUUGCUCCACAUAGGGAUGGAGAAGUUUCACUAAAAAGGCAGAAAUGUUUUAAAAGAUUGUUUCCAAAUGAAGAUGAGCAUAGUAGAGUCUUGGAAGAGUAUGCUUCGUUUUCGAUGAAGACCGGUCCUUUUCAAGAUUUAUUAUGUAUUACAAAGAUGGAUGAGAUGGAACCCAAGAGUUGGUGGGCUAACUUUGGUGCUCGAACUCCUCUUCUUCAAACUUUGGCUUUUAAAUUACUAGGACAACCUAGUUCCUUUUCAUGUGCUGAGCGUAAUUGGAGCACCUAUGCAUUUAUUCACUCUCUUAGGAGAAACAGGUUGACUACUAGUCGGGCUCAAGACUUGGUUUACGUACACAAUAAUCUUCGACUUUUAUCUAGGGCUCCCAAUGAUGACUUGAAGAUGUGGGAUAUUGGUGGAGAUACUUUUGACACGAUGGACAUUGAAGAUGUAGGCUUUUUGCAGUUUGCGGAUCUUUCAUUAGAUGAACCGGAUCUUGAAAACGGUUUGUUUGAUAAUAUUUGA